AUGGAUUGGGAUUGCAGUAUUGUCAAUGCUUGCGAUGAUCCUGUGGGCUACGAGGCGAUCCGUGGCCUGCAUCGACAGCUGGACGACGACGCCAACGGAAGCAUCGACGUCUCGGAGACGGACGAGUUUUUGCGAGACGAGUUACAGUACGAAAAUGCGCAUGAGAGACACAAAGAAUUCCAUGGUACUGAUAAGUAUAUCAAUGUGGAUGAGCUAUGGCAAGCUUGGAGAACAUCUGAAGUACAUAACUGGACAGUGGAUGAAACUGUGGAAUGGUUGAUAACACAAGUUGAUUUACCACAGUAUGAGCACAAUUUUCGCAAUAAUGGAAUCAAUGGAGCUUCCCUUCCUCUUUUGGCACAAAAUGCAAAUAAUUACAUUUCCCUGCAUCUUGGAAUUAAAGAUUCCAUUAAUAAGCAAAAGAUAGCCCUCAAAGCAAUGGAUGUUGUUCUUUUUGGACGUCCAAAAUAUCGAAAUUAUCUCAAGGAUGUUCUUCUUGCCAUGUCUUUGAUUAUUGCUGUUGUGGGCUGUUGGUUUGCAUAUGUGCAGCACAAAAGUUCACAGACACACAUGCAAAAGAUGAUGAAAGAUAUGGAAGCAUUGCAGAAAGCCGAAGAUUCACUUUUUGACCUUCAAAAAGAAUUAAAUAAAGCUAGACAAGAACAAGAAAUUGUAAGCAUUGAAAAGCAAGAUUUGGAAAGAAGGUUACAAGAUGAAAUCACAAUAGCUAAAAAGUACCAAGUCCAAACACCUGGUGAUGGAACUGAACCGAAUGAUUUCAUUAAAGUGACAGAACUUGAAAAGCAACUGCAGCAUGCGAGAAACGACCUAAGAGAAGCAGAGAAAAAACUUGAAGCAAGGCAUUGGGUUGCUCCACCGUCUCUCCAGCACUGGCUACAACUUACGCAUGAACUAGAGCUUCGAAACUAUAACGCUAAGAAAGCUGUUGCGGAGCAGCAGUUACAAGCUGCAAAAGAAGGUUGUGAAAAACUUAGCAAGAAAAGAGAUACAUUUAUGGGUGCUUUUAGAAUAGCCCAUGGGAGUUCUAUUGAUGAUGUUGAUGAUCGUAUUGUGAAAGCUAAAGCUGCUCUUUAUGAAAUAACUACAGAUCUACAAGAAAGGAUGAAUAGGUGGAAGCAAAUUGAACAGCUAUGUGGGUUUCCAAUACUUGUAAAUCCAGGAAUUGCCUGUUUAGAAAGUAUUUUAAAGCCUGCUUCAGUAAAUGGAUCGACUGGAAGUACACAUUCAGGAUUAAGUACAAUAACUCAAAGCAGUAGUGAAGGCACUUUACGGGAGGAAAGCCCACCCCCUUAUGCUGGCAUUAUAACUAGUUCUGCAAACAUUCCUCCACCUUACACCAAAUCUAGUCCUUCAUUUGCAAGAAAGAAUGCCGAAAUUCCAUCAUAUACUGCUAUCGCUUCUGUUUCUCGAGUUGUUUAUCCUAAAGAGUGCUAUCGCCCAAGCGAAAAUCUGUCUUUCGAUACAGAAAGUGAAGACUUACAGAUCCAAGAGGUAGAUGACGACUCUACCGAACGAAGCGCUACACCGCCAUCAUUAGCAUCCUGUCCUGAAAUAAGUCGCCCAACAUUUUCUGUUACUGAUGGGAAUUCUGCUGAAGUUACAUCAAAACUUAAAGAGCCAGAAUCACCCAAAUCAGUGAAGCUCUCUGCAGAACAUUCGAACGGAAAGAUGAGUGAUAUAGUUCGAAAAAUUAGCACAGGACUCUUAGAGAAGAAGAAAAAACCUGCAAGUUCUUUAGUCGAAGCCAUGAAAAAAAGUUCUAGUUCUUCGAACAUUAUUGACAGUGCUGAAGGAGGUGCAUCAUCAGAAUCUUCUUCAAGUGUCAUUGCUGAAGAAAAACAGAAGAAAAAGAAAUUUUUUCAGCAAUUACGACACCGAAAAGUGAAAUCUUGACUUUCAUAGAAAGUCUUGACAUAACAAAUUUCAUGUGAUGUUUAAUAUGAAUUUUUAAAUAGACAUUGCGUACGAUUGGGCAUGCUUUGCUGAAGAGAACCAAUUCACAAUUCUGUUAAAUUUUGUGUUAAAUAAUGUCUUUUGACCAUUAUCUUUGAAUUCAAUAAGCAUAAUAGACAAAUAACUUUUGAAAUGACUUCCAGUUAAUUGUGUGGAAAAAAACAUUACAUUGCUUCCUAACAUCAUUUUUCCAAUGCAAUUUUCUGUGUUCUUGUUACCGAAAAGGGCCAAAAUAAAUCCCAGCACCUAAAAUAAAAUUUUUCAUGCUUUCUAUUUUAAUUUCUGAAUCUAUUCACUGUUCAUUGAAUGUGGCUCAAAAAUAGAAUUAACUUUACACAUUUACCUUCAUUAUGUCAAAGACGUUAUACAAUAGUAUUAUUCAUGUUUCAUAACACAAUUUUAAAAAUCUUUUAAUUUUUUUACUUGUUUGAAACAGUGAUAAAUAAUAUAGAAACCCAUUUGCAAGACUAAUUAAUUAUUCAUUUUACAUUGGAAGGUUUGACACAUUGUCCUUUUCUUUUUUUUAAUGUAUUUUAUAACAAGUUUGUCUCGAAUUUUUUUCAUAAAAAAAAGUAAACCUUUCUUAAAAGUAUUUAAAAGAUUUAUUUAAAGAGGUUUUCUCCCAAACCAUACUGUAUUAGUCAACCCCCUAACUUCUUAAACUAAAAGUUCGAAAAAAUAUUUUCUUGUAUUAGAAGAUCACAAUUUUCCAAAGUUUUCAAUUUCUGAUUAUCACUGAUAUCAAUCCGAAGAUAUAUGGAGCUGAUGGAGAAGUUAUGUAGAAUUAUGGAUUAACAGAGCUUUAUGAUUAUUUGGGUUCUGAAUUUCAUUUUAAUCAAUUUUAGCAAUAAAUUUAAUUUUAAAUGUAAGCAAUAAAGUAUUUAGAAUUUAACUGUGUAGAUAUAGUUGUUGUCUUUAAGAAUCUUGAAAAUUGGCAAUUUAGAAAGUAUCUUUUUCUUUUCAUUAAUUUUGAGUGUUUUCAACUUUUAGUUCGUGUAAAAAAUUAUUAGUAUUUAAUAUGAGUAUAUGGCAUUUUUUAUGUGUUAUUUUUAAAUAAUUUUUGAACAAAGUGACCAUGCACUGAAAUUUUUUUUACAUGUAUCCCUUUGAGGAAUGUGCCAUGACUUCAGCAUUUUUUAAAAAGAACAGUUUAAACAUUUUUCUCAAAACUCUUACAUUUUUUAGUGAAUUUUUAAGUAAGGGAAAAUCUAAUGAAGCAAAGAAAUGCAACAUUGAAAAAAGCAUGAAGAAUCAAAUAACUGCUAUAUUAGAUUCAGGGGCGGAUACAAACGGCCAUUUUAGGGUGGGUCAUGCUGAAGAAUGACCCCCCUCCCCAUGAUAAACCAACGGUUUUAGGUACGAAAAAUUUCGGAAACUGCUCGGGUGUCUGUAAAAAGCACCAAAUCGGCCAGCAAUAAGGCACUUAGGAGGCAUAAGGGGCCAUUCAUUAAUUACAUAAGGAUGAUUUUGGCAAUUUCUGACCUCCUCUCCCCCCAUGUAAGGGUACAUAAAAAAUUUUCAACCCCCCCCCCCUCCUCCUCCUAUUCUUACUUAAGAUUCCAUUUCGUUUUCCAAAAUGAUAAAAUAACGAAUCCACGAAUCUUGUAUCACUGGAAUCGUUAUUAAAAAUUCACUAUUAUUAAAUUAAACCUUAUUGUAUCAAGAAAUAUUCACUAAGAAGUUGGAAUUUAGACUAAAUGUUUUUCCAACAUUUUUUUUGUAUUGAUGCGAUACUAAUUAAAAAUAAAACAUGCCCUGCAUAGUGCGAUUUUUUAAUUUUAUUUUACACCACUCAUUCUUUGUAAAAUAAAUAAAAAACAGCUCAUCCUAAUAAGUUUUUUAUUUUCCAGGUGCAAAUGAAAUAUAUCCCUGCCAAAGCAGUAGACCGCGCAAUUUCUAAUGUAAAAUAUCGACUUGAAAAAUAUUACAUAAGAAUGGGUUUGGACCCCCGCCCCCAAGUAAGGGUAUGUAGAUAUUUUUCCAACCCCCUUCCCCCUCGGGACCCUUACAUAAUUAAUGAAUGGCCCCUAAACGUUAUAAAUUAAUUCCAUAAGCAAUAAAAAAAGUAUUUUAAAUAUUUACUUUUAAAAGCAAUUAAUGAAUUGAAAAAGACUACUGAAAUCAUCUUAUGUCCUAAAAAUGGAACUCUGUAUUGGAAGGUGAAAGUAUGCGAUGGCUAUCCGUCCCCAUUUUUGACACUAUAUUCCACAUUUUUUGGGGAUCAUAGAAUCUGUAAUAUUAACAGCCUUGAAUCUAGCCCAAUUUUACAAAAAAAAAAAAAAAAAAAUCAUUUUCAGGGGCCACAC